GGAGACACAACUGCGACACAUCUGCGAUUACUAGAAUGUCCUGCGCGUCAGCUCGAGUCCAGAUUCCGCUUAAUCGUCCUCUGGCAUAGGAGAUCGACGACUCGGAGCACUUGUCCGCGCGCGUGCAUCGAUGGAAGAGUUCAGAUUUUGUCUCACGUCUGGACUGGCAUUCGGGAACGCAGUCAUUGUGGCGUGUACGCCGAAGCGGCGCUGCCGGAAACGAUCGAUGGGUCGAAUGGAGUCGCAGUCAGAUCGUAAGUAAAGAACAUCAGCGCGGUCUUCGCAUUCAAGUCCCAUUAUCCCUCGCUGGUUGGCCCUGUCCAAAACUACACGGCACCGGCUAGCGGAUCUCAGACCGGGGGCCGGCAGUUCCUCCUGUCCCGACUCGAACAUUUCUCCUUCUGCAUUACGCUAUCUCUAUCGGGUACAUUACAGGUGUAUCCGGUAGGACGUUCUGCACUACGGGUAGCGAUUAUUGCCUGCAGAUCGCAAAUGUUCGCAUUCGACCUGCUCGACUCCGCGAAGGAAGUCGCGAAUCUGCCGGGUCUGAGUGUCUCCAUGGCCACGCUCCUCUUUCCAGUACGACUCGGUACGCACUGUGCUGUACUGGGGCUGGCGAGGGUACGCCCCGUACGUGCCAUGCCAUGACGGUCGACCGCGACCACAGACGGUGAGGAACCGGGUGGCAGCAGAGCGAUGAAACGGCCAGGUCUGGAUUUGCCUCGGGAUGCAGUUACGACUGCCGGUCGUUCGUGCCGUUGGCGGUAAUGCAGGGCCUCCGGGAUGGCCGACGUCGUCCAGAGUCCGGUGGACGACUGACUGCCCCGGCCCAAGUUCCUCGUCCUCGUCCUGCGCUGCGCGCAGUUCCUGGAAACUCUGUGUCCGUUCUCGUUCCGAUUGCUCACUGCGGUUUCUUUCGGACAGCGGAGCAGGAGGGAGGUGGCGCAGGCGGGAUAGUUUCUGGCUCGUUCUUGAUUGGGCGUGUUCUUACGUACGUGAGAUCGGCAAUCUCCAGCAUUUGUGAUCUGGCGAGCGAAGCGUUUGCAAGAGUUGCGUGCACUGCUCAGGACUGACCGAGUGCCAGGUGCUUUGCACAAAGCUCAGCUUCGGAUUGUACGUGAACGACAGCCUGUGUUGAAUGCUGUUGGUCUUGUCGACGGACGAUACGCGUAAUGCAGGCAGGCAUGCAGGCCAGGCAAUGCUGCUGAUGGUGUAGGUGGUUGUGGUUUCGGUGUGUUCUGUCGUCACUACACGAACUCGUCUGUAGACAGAAGCGCAGCCUAAUUUUGAACGACGAAAGUGGAAGAUCAUUUCAUCAGGAUCGUUCUCAUUGCCUCGUAGAACGCACGUAGCAUGGCACCAGCAGCUGCUAGGGUCGCCGUACUUCUUGCCGCAGCAUGCGUCUAUUCAGUCGUCGUCGACGCGCAGGCGCUGCCGUUGCGCCCGCGAGUGCCGGGAGUGGUCAGCCAGUUCAAAAAUAGAAUUUUCGACGAUCACUAUAGCGUUAUCUGGGGCACUCCCAGAAAGCUGGACGUCGAAGGACAACACGUGCAGCUCUCACUCGAUCGUAGUAGUGGAGGUGGUGGAUUCUCCUCCCAGAAUAAAUUUUACCAUGGCUUCUUCAGCGCAAAAAUCAAACUCCCUGGAAACUAUUCGGCAGGAGUCGUUACGGCCUUCUACACCUCGAAUGCGGACGUCUACCCGAAGACUCAUGAUGAAUUUGAUUUCGAGUUCCUCGGGGUAGUGCCAGGCUCUCCCUAUACCUUGCAGACGAAUAUAUAUGGCGACGGAAGUACGAAAACAGGCAGGGAAGAGAGGUUCCACCUCUGGUUUGAUCCCACCAAAGAUUACCACCAUUACAGCAUUCUGUGGAAUAAAUACCACACAGUUUUCUUAGUGGACGACAUUCCCAUAAGAGAAAUGGUGCGGUCCGAGGAGCUGGGGCUGCAGUAUCCAGCGAAGCCCAUGUCGUUGUAUUCAACUAUUUGGGAUGGUUCCCAGUGGGCCACACAAGGCGGCAAGUAUCCCGUGAACUACGACUUGGCUCCGUUCCAGGCCUCGUUCAAGGACCUGAAGUUGGAAGGCUGCGUGUGGAACGAAGCUGCAGAGCAGCCACCGUGCGCUUUCUCAUCCUCGGCUGCUCUUAACCGGCUCGAUGAAGUUGCGUUCCAGACCCUAGACGAGAAGCAGAAACGUGCUAUGCACUGGGCUCGUAGCAGGUACAUGUGGUACUCUUACUGUGACGAUGUGAAGCGGUACCCACAAGCUCCCGUGGAGUGUCCCCAAAGGGCGGAAGGAGGCACUACAGCUGUGACCUCCAGGCAUCACGAGCACAGACACGGACAGCACAAACGGAACAGAAACCUGAUGGAAGGAGUUGGUUUUGCUUCUAGAUUCAACUCCAGAGCCUUGCAACCCGUUUUAAUGAUGAAUUCUCACGGGAAGUAGCUUAAGUAUGUGAUGUCUUCGGCGACCCUCUCUUUUGAAGACGAGAUUCACAAUCACGUUUGGCAGAGUAAAGUCCGCUCAUCAAAAUGUAUGUUACCGUCCUAAGGUGUCUAGAGCUGGAAAUGUGCGUGUGGAGUGGACCUCUAUACUCGGUCGACAUUCCUGAAGGUCGUGAAUUAGCCAUGCUGAAAGAAGCAACGGAAUCACUGUCCUUCCAGUUUGUUUCGGUACAAUCCUCUAAAAGUAAAAAUCCAGAGACUAGGAAACUUUGAAAUUUACUUCGCGGAACUUGUUCCUUUGUAUAGAUACUCAUAACAGGCCUAAAUUGCUGUGAGUUGAAAUGUUACUACAGAUACCAGGGUUGUGUCCAGAAUUAAAGACUUCUCUACUGUUCUAGUGAGAGUGUACUCUAAUUAGCUUGUUACAGACUGAUGUCAUCAUUCGCUGGAUUCAUAUGGUGCAUUUAAGUUAGAGGAGGUCAGGGGAGCUCUUUGUGGUACUGCGCUCUGCAAUACAUCACCUUGGCCAUUGUAAGGGCAAGGAGAAGAGUAAAUUCCAAAUAGAUACCUACUCACAUUUUCUGUGGUGGUAAUUUUCGCAUUCUGCUCAAUUUAACUCAAUAAAUCCUUGAU